CCCUGUUUAUAACAAGGCGAAACCGGGAUGAUUUACUCAGAAUUUCAAUUUCAGGAUACUGAGGACUGGGGUGGGUGUGUGGAGUUGCAAGUUUAACUCAAAGCCUUGUCUCACUGGGUCAACUGAGGCCCAGGUAAAAGGUUUUAAAAUUCUCAGCUCCCAGAGAGCAACCUUCCACACCCUGUUCCUCAAGGCCCCCAGAGAAGAUGUGUUCCAGCCUUCCUCUGCCCGCCCCCAAAUACCAGGGCUCUCUUUCUGAGCCAGGUGAAGCCACAGGCAGCAGUGUAAGGACAGAACCCACAACCGUCCAGAAGAAGGGCCAGUGGGUGCCACCUGGUUUGCACCUGUGCCUUUACCCUGCCCGGUUCCUGAGGAGGACUGCAGCCCCAGACGCUGGAGGCAAACAGCCCGCUUCCUAUAACUGGGUUCCAGUCCCACCCCGUUCAAAGGCAUAAAACUGGGAAGCAUGGGCAGCUGCCGACCAUUCUAGUUAAACGGCCCGGCCUGGUCCCAGGGCGCGGCGCGGCCAUGCCAGGUGCAGGGAGGUCUGGCCAGCAUGUUACUCUGGGGGGCGCGCUUCAUCGGCCUGCAGCUUUUCCUCUCCUGCUGCUGGGCUUUCAGCUGCCACGGCACCGCGUCCUCCUCUGACUUCAGCCUCCCUGGGAAUUACCUGCUUGCGGGCCAGUUUCCUCUCCACGGUGACCAUCUAGGGGUGAGAUGCAGACCCACAGUGACCUUCUGUGACAGGCCUAGCACCUUCAGUGGCCACGGCUACCACCUCUUCCAGGCCAUGCAGUUUGGCAUCGAGGAGAUAAACAACUCCACCGCCCUGCUGCCCAACGUCACCCUGGGGUACAAGCCGUACGACGGGUGCUCGGAGUCAGCCAACGUGUUUGCCACGCUGAGCCCGCCAGGGACGCGCUACGUGGAGAGCCAAGGAGACCCUGCCCACUACUCCCCUGCGAUUGUGGCGGUGAUUGGGCCCGACGCCAGCAUCUAUGUUGCCACCACUGCAGCCCUGCUGAGCCCCUUCCUGAUGCCCCUGAUAAGCUGCUCUGAUGCCAGCAGCGUGAUGCUCAGCGUGAAGCGGCUCUGCCCCUCUUUUCUGCGCACCAUCCCAAGUGAUGAGCGCCAGGUGGAGAUCUUGAUGCUGCCGUCGCGGAGGUUCGGGUGGGUCUGGAUCUCCAUGGUGGGCAGCGAAGGUGACUACGGGCAGCUAGGGGUGCAGGCGCUGGAGGACCAGGCCACCCAGCAGGGCAUCUGCGUUGCCUUCAAGGACACUGUGCCUUUCUCUACCCAGCCGGGCGAUGAGAGGAUGCAGAGCGUGAUACGCUGCCUGGCCCAAGCGAGGACCGCGGGUGUGGUUGUUUUCUCCGGCAGGCAGCUUGCCAGGGUGUUCUUUGAGUCCGUGGUGCUGGCCAAGCUGACUGCCGAGGUGUGGAUCGCCUCAGAAGACUGGGCCAUCUCCAGACACAUCAGCAACGUGCCUGGGACCUGGGGCGUCGGCACAGUGCUGGGUGUGGCCAUCCCACAGAGGCGUGUCCCUGGCCUGAAGCAGUUUGAACAGCCCUGUGUCUGGGCAGACAAAGGAGCCCUUGGGCCUUCUCGGGGUUCCUGGUGCAGCAGCAACCAGCUCUGUGGAGAGUGCUGGGCUUUCACGGCACAGAAGAUGCCCACACUUGGAGCGUUCUCCAUGAGCUCCGCCUACAACACGUACCAGGCUGUCUAGGCCGUGGCUCACAGCCUCCACCAGCUCCUGGGCUGCGCCUCUGGAGUCUGUUCCAGAGGCUGGCUCUGCCCCUGGCAGCUUCUGGAGCAGAUCCUCAAGGGGAAUUUCCUUUUACACAAGGACAUUGUGACAUUUAAGGACAAUGGCGACCCCCCCAGCAGUUAUAAUGCCUGGGACUGGAGUGGCCCCAACUGGACCUUCAGGGUCGUCGGCUCCUCCAUUUGGUCUCCAGUUUGGCUAGACAUAAAUACGAUCAAAAUCCGGUGGCAUGGAAAGGACAACUGGCCCCUAGCCUGUGGCUUCUUGCCGGUGCCUCAGUCUGUGUGUUCCAGCGACUGUCCUGAAGGGGACCAGAGAGUGAUCAUGGGCUUCCACCACUGCUGCUUCGAGUGUGUGCUCUGUGAGUCCGGGACCUUCCUCAGCAAGAGAGACCCCUACAGCUGCCAACCUUGUGGGAAAGAAGAGUGGGCACCUGAGAGAAGCCAGACCUGCUUCCCAUGCACCGUGGUGUUUCUGACUUGGCAUAAGCCCAUCUCUUGGGUGCUCCUGGCAGCUAAUACGCUGCUGCUGCUGCUCGUGGCUGGGACUGCAGGCCUGUUUGCCUGGCACCUAGACACGCCUGUGGUGAGGUCGGCUGGAGGCCGGCUGUGCUUCCUCAUGCUGGGCUCCCUGGCGGGGGGCAGCUGCGGCCACUAUGGCUUCUUUGGGGAGCCCACUCUGCCCACAUGCCUGCUGCGCGAAGGCCUCUUUGCCCUUGGUUUUGCCAUCUUCCUGUGCUGCCUGACGAUCCGCUCCUUCCAACUUGUGUUCAUCUUCAAGUUUUCUGCCAAGGUACCCACCUUCUUCCGUGCGUGGGUCCAAAACCACAGUGCUGGCCCGUUGGUGGUGAUCAGCUCAACAACCCAGCUGCUUAUCUGUCUAACGUGGCUUGCGGUGUGGACCCCACUGCCCCCCAGGGAAUACCAGCCCUUCCCUCAGCCGGUGCUAGACUGCACAGAGGCUAACCCACCGGGCUUCAUGCUGGCUUUCGCCUACAAUGGCCUCCUCUAGGUCAGCGCCUCUGCCUGCAGCUACCUGGGCAAGGACCUGCCAGAGAACUACAGCGAGGUCAAAUGUGUCACCUUCAGCCUGCUCCUCGACUUCAUGUCCUGGAUCGCCUUCUUCACCAUGGCCAGUGUCUACCAGGGCAAGCACCUGCCCACGGUCCACGUGCUGGCCAAGCCGAGCAGCCUGAGUGGCGGCUUCAGCGGUUAUCUCCUCCCCAAGUGCUAUGUGAUCCUGUGCCGCCCAGAUCUCAACAGCACCGAGCACUUCCAGGCCUCCACCCAGGACUACACCAGGCGCUGUGGCUCCACCUGACCAGUGGAUCAAGCCGGCAGGGUCAAGCCGGGGCAGGGUGGACUGGAAGGCUACACUGCUCUCAGGGUUGAAGGUGGAAUGGGGCGCCCAGGACCUGGGGUGUCCGGGAGGCCUCUGGGCUCCUCAGCCUUGGCUUGGGAAGUGUAAGCCCACGGGAGAGCUCAGUCCGGGCUGCGCUGGCUGC